AUGCAAACACGACACAAGUGUAACCAAGUGCCAGCUUCCAGCACCAUACUAAAAAGUAGCCAAGACCCCAGAGCAAAGCAAAGCAAAGCAAGGCAAGGAGCUUUUAGAUUUAGUGAAAGCAGCAGCAGCAGCAGCAGAACAGAAACCAUGAGUUCCAGAGCUCUCUUCUUCUUUGCUUUGCUGGCUUUCUCAGCAGUGUCUUGUUUUGCUAAGAAUGAAGAAGAGCCAGGUCUUGUUAUGGACUUUUACAAGGACAGCUGUCCUCAGGCUGAAGAUGUUAUCAGAGAACAAGUCAAGCUUCUCUACAAGCGCCACAAGAACACUGCAUUCUCUUGGCUCAGAAACAUCUUCCAUGACUGUGCUGUCCAGUCAUGUGAUGCUUCCCUGCUGCUGGACUCAACCAGGAGGUCCUUGUCUGAGAAGGAGAUGGACAGGAGCUUUGGGAUGAGAAACUUUAGGUACAUUGAAGAAAUUAAAGAAGCACUGGAGAGGGAGUGCCCCGGAGUUGUUUCUUGUUCGGAUGUUCUUGUUUUGUCUGCUAGGGAGGGUGUUGUUCGGCUAGGAGGCCCAUUCAUCCCUCUCAAAACUGGAAGAAGAGAUGGAAGGAGGAGCAGAGCAGAGAUCCUUGAGCAAUACCUUCCUGACCACAAUGAGAGCAUGUCCACUGUCCUUGAGAAGUUUGCUGACAUGGGCAUUGACACCCCUGGUCUGGUUGCCCUGCUAGGAGCUCACAGUGUUGGUAGAACACACUGUGUGAAGCUGGUGCACCGUUUGUACCCAGAAGUUGACCCUCAGCUCAACCCUGACCAUGUUGGUCACAUGCUCAAGAAGUGCCCUGAUGCAAUCCCUGACCCCAAAGCGGUUCAAUAUGUGAGAAAUGACCGUGGUACCCCCAUGAUAUUUGACAACAACUACUACAGAAACAUUUUGGACAACAAGGGUUUGAUGAUGGUGGAUCACCAACUAGCCACAGACAAGAGGACAAAACCCUAUGUCAAGAAAAUGGCCAAGAGCCAAGACUACUUCUUUAAGGAGUUUUCAAGAGCCUUCACCAUUCUCUCUGAGAACAACCCUCUUACAGGAACAAAGGGAGAGAUCAGGCAGCAGUGCAAUGUUGCCAACAAGAUCCACGACUAG